GAGUCCUGUACAGCAGUCACUCUCACCUGGUGAUAUCUCUAUACACUCAGUGAUCCUGGCUCCCACUACCUAGGCAAUAUACAUCACUAUCAGGAAAUGAAUGUGCACAGUCACAUACAAAGUGAAAGUGGUGACACAUCGCAGGCAGCGGGAUAUAAAGGUCCCAGGCCGGGCAUGUCACAGAGACACCAUGACACAAAGCACAGCACCAGGUGAGAAGAGGGCAGGUGGAAUAUAUCUAUUAUCUCUACUCAUCAUGAACAGUGUCAUCAGCACGACAGCAGCCUCACAUCUACCGAAGAUUCUGUACCCAGAAGACAGCACGGUCACCACAAAGAAAGGUGACAGCUGCAGGAUACUGUGCACAGCGGAAACUCGAUGGCCGAGGUUCCACGUGGUCUACUGGUUGGUAAAUAACAGUUUCAUUGAGGACGCGUACCCCGACGGCCGGGUGAGGGAGCAAGCGGAGAGCCUACGCAAAGACGAGAUGCCCUGUUACGUGGAAAAGCCUCUGGAGUUCACGUCCACUCAACCGGAAGACUUCACGAGAACAUUCACCUGUGUGAUCCAGGACCCAUCAGGCGUUGAUGUCAAGCACUUCAGUCUCAUGGCGUUAGUUGGCCUUGAAAGUGGCCUCCAACCAGGAAACUGGAGCGAAACGCGUGAGGAGCAGAAACGCUAACGAACUCCAACUUAAUACUCUGUAAUUCAACACUACGUUCCAAAGUACUAAUGUGAUAUGAUGGCAAUGGACCGACAUAAAGGCUGAUGGGAAACGCAACUCUGGCGCUGCUCGGUUAUCAGGGACUUACCGCCGUGACCUGGGGUCCACACGACACUGAUGUAAAAUAAGAAACAUGAUUUAGUGUGUGGCAACGGCUUAGUUUACAUCAACCAAAAUUCAUUAUGACACUGCCUAUCAAGGAAAGAGUCACAUCACUGAGGUACGAGGCACGGCAAUAGGCGUAGGCGACAGAUCACUCAUAGAAAGCUGUAUAUAUGUAGCAAACCUCAAUAAUGAGCGUGAAAGGAAUCUAUAAAAGCGGUGUGACACAUUAACGUCAGUAAAAUGCGCAACAUCGUCUAUAAUAUCUUACAGCAGAAAACAUUCACCCUGAUGGUAUUAUUAUUAGAAUUAUCAUAUAGUGGAUCAGAAAUGUAACUAUGAUGUUACAUGAGCUGGUGCUGAGCCGAGAGGAUCAGCCUCACUGUGGACUGCGCUUCCUAACAUAAUUAUUACCAAAUAUUCACAAGUAAGACUAAGUCUGGUUCCAGACUAUGUAGGCAUAGCGCAAGUCUGCAAAUCAACUACCUUUGCAAUUAUUAUAUAUAUUUUAUAUACACACACAGUAUAUAUGUUGUAUUAUUUUAUUUCAGUAUAUUUGGUACCACUUGGGGAUCACUAGAACCGAACAAUGGUUUAGCACAUAGAUUGUUUGAUCGGUCACCAUGCUUAGCACAGUGGUAAGAUGUGUGCGUGCCUAGUAAUGUAACAAUCCGCUGUACGCUGCUAGGGCAUAUUCAGCCUGGCAUGGUAUUAUACUCCCCCCAGAGAGGAGCCUCAUCCCUUUGGAUAUUUCUAUUUUUGUUCUUUAUCUCCAAAUAUGAUGUUUUAUAUUCCUGUUGGCUCAGUGCAGAGGAACAAACUCAAUUUCUAUCAUCAGUGAUUGCAUUUAUACUUACACCAACCAGAGCCAGCGACAGGAAAGGCACAUUGCUGAGCUGUAUGGGAUGUCAGUGCUACCUCCCCUCCCUCCCACCAAGUGUAGGUGUCCCCUAAGUGUCUCAGUUUUGCCCUCAGUUUUCUUCUCCCUUCCACCUUCUCCCUGCAUAACUCCUUGUCCCUCUACAUCUUCUCCUCCCUCUACACUUCCUUCUCCCUCUACACCUCCACAUUUCCACCUUCUUCUCCCUUCCACCUCCUCCCUAUAUAACUCCUUCUCCCUCUACACUUCCUCCCUCUACAUUUCCACCUUCUUCUCCCUUCCACCUCCUCCCUAUAUAACUCCUUCUUCCUCUACAUUCCCACCUUCUUCUCCCUUCCACCUCCUCCCUAUAGAACUCCUUCUACCUCCUCCCUCUACAUUUCCACCUUCUUCUCCCUUCCACCUCCUCCCUAUAUAACUCCUUCUCCCUCUACCUCCUCCCUCUACAUUUCCACUUUCUUCUCCCUUCCACCUCCUCCCUAUAUAACUACUUCUCCCUCUACACUUCCUCCCUUCUACCUCCUCUCUUCCACUUCCUUCUCCCUCUACAUUUCCACCUUCUUCUCCCUUCCAC